AUGGAAAAAUUGAACAAUGAUGCAAUAAUACUGCAUGCCAAUGUUGUGGAGGGCUUUAAAUCAGGGGACUCAUACAAUAGUCAUAGACCAGACUACACAGAAGAAACAACCAACUUUGUGCUUAACAAACUGAACUUGGAGACAGAGCGGGCAUAUGAUAUUCUGGAACUAGGUGCAGGUACAGGGAUAUUUACUAGAAAGCUGCUGGAAUAUGACACAAAGGAUUUAAGAAUCCUUGCUGCAGACCCACUGGAGAAUUUCCUAGAGAAAUUGAAGCUGCUGUCCCCAGAUGUAGAAACUUUACAGUGUUCUGCAGAGUCUAUUCCAUUGCCCGACUGCUCAGUCAAGAAUAUAAUAUGCGCCCAAAGUUUACAUUGGUUUUCAAACAAAAAGGCAAUUAGAGAAAUGCACAGAGUAUUGGUUCCACGUGGAAGAUUAGUUUUUCUGUGGAAUGUUCGUGAUAAAACUCGACCCAGUGAUAUCACUUGCGAUAUUGCAAAGUAUAUAGAGGACUCGUUAAUAAAGGAUUCACCUAAUCAAUCCAAGAAGGCUUGGGCGGGAGUGUUUGAGGAUUUUCAUGGUUUUUCCUCUGUAGAAGAUCAUGUGUUUCUUCAACAUUUGAAACACUCUGGGACAAUAGAUUUCAUCAUGAGCUACCUGAAAUCACUAAGUUAUAUAUCAAAGCUGGAACAAUCAGAACAGGAAAAUGUGGAAAGAACAAUCAGAGAAAUGAUCAGCAAUCAUCCAGAGGCAAAGAACAGAGACAUUGUUGAUAUUGUAUUUAACACUGAAAUACAUUGGUGUGAGAAACAAUGA